UUAUACCUGUUGCUAACACACACUUCUUAGGGAGCAGCAGUAUGCCUCAGGAGUCUUUCUCAGACGCACUGGUUUUAACAUGUACCCACGAGUUAUUCUGAAAGGAACUUUAUUUAAGAAAUCCCAGCAAAAGAGAAGAACUUCACCAUGCAAUUACAAAGAAAGAUUUUUUGUGCUGAACACUCAGGAUUUGUCAUAUUCCGAACGUCGCCCUGGGAAAAAGCCUGUUUUGAAAGGCUGCAUUGAGCUUUCCCGGAUCAAAUGCGUGGAGAUUGUGCGCAGUGAUGUUCCAAUACCUUGUGAAUUCAAGUAUCCUUUCCAGGUUGUCUAUGAGAACUACUAUCUUUACAUGUUUGCACCAGACAAUGACAACCGGCUGAAGUGGGUCAGAGCUCUUAAAGAGGAAACAAAAUGCAACAAGCUCUCGUUGACCUACCAUCCUGAUUUCUGGGGAGAUGGACGAUGGCGGUGUUGCCACCAGACAGAAAAGUUGGCGCUGGGCUGCAGUGAAUACUUCCCCAGUGGAACUGCAUCUAAAAAACCACUCCCUCCAACACCAGAUCCACAGCGGCGAUUCUCCAGCUCACAGGAGAUGAUUGUAGUGGCUCUAAAGAAUUUCACUCCUCAAGAAGAAUCAGACAUCCCUCUGCACAAAGACGAGGAGUAUGUUGUCAUUGACAGUUCACAACUCAACUGGUGGACUGUGCGGGAUAAAGAUGGAAAUGUUGGAAAUGUUCCUUGCAUCUACAUUACAGAGAAAUUGACAAACAGCAUUGAGAAAUAUGAAUGGUACAACAAAGACAUAACCCGGGCCGAGGCUGAGGAGUUGCUGAUGAAGGAGAACAAGGAAGGAGCCUUCAUGGUGCGCGACUCUCGGCAAGCAGGAGUCUACACAGUGUCUGUGUUUACCAAAGCACCCGGGUCAAAUGGGGAGAAGUAUCCGCGGGUCAAACAUUAUAAGAUCAGAGAGUCGGAGAGUGAAGAUAGGCAAUAUUAUCUGGCACAAAAAUACUUGUUCAGCACCAUCCCCGAGCUCAUCCAUUAUCACCAGCACAAUGCAGCAGGUUUGAUAACCAGGCUGCGGCACUGUGUCUCCCGAGACAGAGCGAGUUCUCCCAGGAUUGUGGAGAUCACAUCAGAAAAGUGGGAGGUUGACCCAGAGGACCUAAUUCUUGGGGAUGAGCUGGGCAGUGGGAACUUUGGCCUAGUCUGGAAAGGCCUCUGGUGUGACAAGAAAGUGGCUGUAAAGACUGUUCGUGAGGACGCCAUGACAGAAGAGGAGUUUAAAGAGGAGGCUCAGGUCAUGAUGAAACUGUCCCACCCCAAGCUGGUGCAGUUGUAUGGUGUGUGCAUGCAACGCUCCCCCUUAUACUUGGUUUUCGAGUUCUUGGAAAAUGGCUGCCUGACGGACUUCCUGCGCUCCAGAAGAAGUUCUUUCUCACAGGAGGCUCUGCUGGGGAUGUGCCUGGACGUGAGUGAGGCAAUGGCUUACCUGGAGAGCUCCAAUUUCAUUCACCGAGAUCUGGCUGCAAGAAACUGCCUGGUUUCAGAAACGCUUGUGGUGAAAGUCUCAGAUUUUGGAAUGACCAGGUUCGUUCUGGAUGACCAGUACACCAGCUCUGAAGGCACCAAAUUCUCUGUAAAGUGGUCAGCUCCAGAGGUGGUCAAAUACAAGAAGUUCAGCAGCAAGUCAGAUGUUUGGUCAUUCGGCGUGCUGAUGUGGGAGGUGUACAGUGAGGGCCGAAUGCCGUAUGAGUGUCGCAGUAAUAUGGAGGUGGUGGACUCUCUGAUUGCUGGACAAAGACUGCUGCAGCCUCGCCUCUGUCCAGAAACUGUCUACCAGCUGAUGCAGUGGUGUUGGAAAGAGAAAGCUGAAGACAGACCAUCCUUUGCCCUGCUCCUGCAUGAACUGGCCUCUCUGGCAGACUGCUGAUCCCUGGAUCAUCUCAGCAUUCACACAUAACUGUACAGUUUCUACCAGUUUAUUUAUUUGUACAUUUUAUUUAUUUACUGCACAUAUUUCUACAAGGUGCGGCCUUUAUCUGAGAAAACAACCUGCAUGAAUGAUUCUUUUGUAACUGCAAUAAAAAUCUCCUUUUCUCCUUUAGGGGGCAUACACAAGCCAUUUAAUACCAGAGUUAGAGCUUCAGCACCUGAAAUAAUACAUUGCUCUCAUAGGCAUUUCUCUGAGAAAUCCAUCACGUAAAGUUGCAUCUUAUCAUCACAUUCUGGUUAACUGGCUUUCUGUGUUUAUGUAUGAAAUGCAGUUUAUGUUUUUUAUGUUUAUGUAUAAAAUGCAGUUUCAAUAAAAAUAAAAUGAACAAAAAACCACAAACCAGAUACCUGAUCUG